UGCUGGGUACCGGGAUGUUGCCAGGUACCGGGAUGGGUGGGUACCAAGACAAUGGUGGGUACCACAGCAGAUGGGUGCCAGGGUGGAUGCUGGCACUGGCACCAGUGGGCACUGGGACUGGGGGGAAGGCAGCAGGCACCAGACAGCAAGCGCAGGAGGCCCUGGGGGCGAUGCCAAGGCAGCCCCGGGGAAGGAGAUGCGCUGAGGCACCCAUUCCCCCCCUUCGCCUGGGUCCGGAUCGCACCCUCUGCAGCCCCAGCUCCCGGAGUCCCGUUAUUUCGUGACUCCCCCAGCUGUUCCCAGCCCUCGGGGACAGCCCGUGCCAGGCUGGAGGCACCGAGCCCCGCGGCAUCCCACAGCUUGUGGGCACGGGGAAGAGCAGUCAUGCCGCGCCGGACCGUGCCAUGAAUUAUUGAGGCAGGUAGGAGCAUCGCCUUAGCCCCGCGCCACCCGUGCCUUGCCUCUUCCUUCCCGCCUCGGGUGGGUGCCAGCGGGUGGGUCGGGUGGGACGGCUCCGGUUUCUGCCAAGUCACGGCGGGGGCGAGGAAACCUUUGGAACCGGCACAUCACGUGGGUGCCGGACAGCCCUUAAGGCGCGCCGACGGGCGCGUGGGGAAGGCAGACGCGCGCCCGCAGCCAUGACCGUCCCCAUCGCCAAGUCCUUCUACGACCUGAACGCCACCUCCUUGCAGGGGGAGAAGGUGGACUUCAACGUCUUCCGGGGCCGCGUGGUCCUCAUCGAGAACGUGGCGUCCCUCUGAGGCACCACGGUGCGGGACUACACCCAGCUCAACCAGCUGCAAGCCCGCUACCCCCGGCGGCUGGUCGUGCUGGGCUUCCCCUGCAACCAAUUUGGCUACCAGGAGAAUGGCACCAACGAGGAGAUCCUCAACAGCCUGAAGCACGUGCGGCCGGGGGGUGGCUUCGAGCCCAACUUCACCCUCUUCCAGAAGUGCCAGGUGAACGGGCAGGACACCCACCCCGUCUUCGCCUACCUGAAGGCUCACCUGCCCGCGCCGGCCGACGAGGUGGCACACCUGAUGACCGAACCUCGCUUCCUCACCUGGAGCCCGGUGCGGCGCUCCGACAUCUCCUGGAACUUUGAGAAGUUCCUGGUGGGUCCCGAGGGGGAACCUUUCCGGCGCUACAGCCCCCGCAUGCCCACCGCCCAGCUGGAGCCCGACAUCCAGCGCCUCCUCAAGCUGGCCAAGUAGGGCCGGCUCCGGCAUCGCCCCCCGCCGCCGGCUGCCACCCCUCCCGGACAGCCCCAGCCCUCCGCCGGGUGACGGCCCCCUCCGAAACUGCCGUGGGGAGGGGGCUCGAUGGGGGCAGAGGGCCGGGGCGACCGGGGUGGCACGGGCUGGCGGCAAUAAACGAGCCGGAGGGAGCA